ACGAGCUCUGUGAGGUCCUCCUGGAAUGUCUUCUCGUUUCGUGCCCGUGUGAUCGGUAUUUACUUCCCUCUGGAAAACGCAACGUCGGAGCGCAGCUGAUGACCCAAGGAUGUGACAGCUAAGGAUAAACACCCGUUGACUUUCCUGUGCAGCCGUCGUGGUUGGUGGCAAAAACGCCCACUCCUCAACAUGGAAACCAUGUCCGAGCGAGAGAUGUGCCUCGAGAUUGAACGGGACCUGAACCGCAUCCUGCUGGCUUCCACCAGUCGGAACCAGCCGCCGCCAGAUACCAUGCAACAGUAUGACAGACUGCCACCUUCGUUGCUCUGCCAGCCCGAAUCGCCCAUUCAGCCUUUGAUGCAGCCUCACCCCCCGCGGGGCUUGCCAUCAGUGAACCCGCCACCUGUAGUCCCAUUUACAUUCACUGCGUGCAACACAGCUCGCGACGAAGUCGAUUGCCGGCAGAGAUCGGCACGAAUCCCGCCGAAAGCAGGGAAACGUGAGCGCCGGAAAAAUUUAUCCGCCAAAAAGAAGGACCUCAGGCUGGGCGAACCGGAUGUCAGUGUGCUCCCACCUGUGCAAGGUGCUGAGGUGGUUCCAGUGUCGAUGGACUCUGCAAAUUCAAAAGACUGCAGCGCUGAAGUAAACAGCGCCAUGCGGGGUGAAACUAACGCAGGCACUGCAUCGGUGGUUGAAGGGUGUGCAUUGCACAAGGCCAAGCCUGUCCCCACCGGACGCAGAUUUCCAGGGCCGAAGAACAGCAAGGGUUCGUGGAACCAGUACAAGGAAGUAUUGUGGAAUGCCCCUGCUUGGCCUGGUGUAAAUAAUCCCAAGGAAUUUCUGUUCCUGCAAGAUCUUGAGAGGCAACUGCUUCAGUGUGCACCUCAUUUUCAGGAUGAUCAUCUCCAAAAUGCACAGGCAAAGCAAUUUGGUCCCGUACCUUCACACCGCAAUGGUGGUCGUCACGACAGCUCCAAUUUGUUUGAAGAGAGGCUGCUGGUUUUCAAACAGCACAGGGUUCUUCUUUUGAAAAAGAGGUCCCAGCGUUUCCCAAAGGCGCAAUUCUACUGUCACCUCUGUCAUCGGCACAUCGACGACAUGUGGUACGUUGACAAGCACUUGGAACAGGAGCAACAUGCAAGCAAGAAGCUUGUGAACGACUUGCGGUUGGCCGUCAAGAACCUUCCCUAUCCGGUCGACAUUCAGUGUGACGCGAUUGGUGCUAUGAUCGAGAAGGUGGCGCAGGAGCACAGUUUGACUGUGGAGGAGGUUGAACUGCGGAAGAGAGUAGUCGCUGACCUGGAAACGUUCAUCAAGGCAACAUUACCGGAUGUCAAGUUGAGCUUGUACGGUUCGUCAGCCAAUGGGUUUGGCUUGAAUACAAGCAAUGUCAACAUUGACUUGAAUCCGCUUGGGAGAGGAGACUGUGCCCAGCUCUUCGUUGGAACGGGUGACCUCCUUCAGGAGUGCCCCAAGUUUGCCCAAGUGACAAAGGACUACUUGUCCAAGGUGCCACGGAUACGCUUCAAGGAGGUCGACAGCGAGCUCUCUUGUGAGAUCAGCCUCAACAACUCCCACUCGCAGAAGACUUCAAGGCUCCUCGACGACUAUGCCUCGCUCGACAGGAGGGUUAAAAUUCUGGGAGUCGCUUUUCGGCUGUGGGCCAAGCACUGCGGCUUGGACCAGCAAGAUCGGGGUACACUGCCACCGCACGCGUUUGCCAUCAUGACGGUGUUUUUUCUGCAACAAUGCAAGCCUGCUGUGCUACCCGUUCUGCAUGAGAUGAAGGAUGGCAAAGAAUCCGAGUCUUACGUGAAGCCCGAGGAUCUGGAAGGCCGGUGGAGCUGCAAGAACGACCGCAGCAUCGGCCAGCUGUGGGUGGAGCUCCUGCGCUUCUACGCUGUCGAGUUCAAGCUAAGCAGACGUGUGGUCUGCAUUAGGCGCUCACAGCCAAUGCUUAUCAUGGAGAAGAAGUGGAACAGGCGCUACAUUGCCAUUGAGGACCCGUACUCGCCCAAGCGGAACCUUGCCCGAUCGAUCCCCAGCGAGCGAAUGUACCUGUUCCUUAAGCGCUGCAUCUGCACCUCAGCUAUCUACUUCCUGCAGCCGCAGUUGCACGUAGGGCCCAUGUUUGUCCGGCUCCCGGGUCCGCCUAUGUACACGGACAACUCCGAGUCCGACUCCGAGUCGGACGAGGAAGAAGACGCCACAAAGCGAAAGGAACGGCAUGACUCGACGGACGAGUCGGCCAGAGCCAAAGCAACGGAUGAGGAGGACGACGAGGAGGAGGAUGAGGACGAUGCGAGCAGCUGCUCGUCGGGCCCGGCCCACGAUACGGACGAGCAAGACCCGGACCUGUCUUUCGCCGAAGUCGCAAAGGUUGUGGCCAACCUCGACCUCGGGCCAGACCCUGCCAAGUCAAAGAAUCGCAAGAAGAAAGAAGCAUCCCAGCCGGCUCCUCAGGCUCCACCUGUUCAACAGUUCGUGAAGCCCGGACCGCCGAUACCUCAACGGAUCCUUGACGACCUUGACAUGUGCUCUGUUAAAGACUUCAGCUACAGCUUCUCGCGGAAGACGCUGGCCAAUGGGCGGUCUCCUCCAGUCAUCUGCUCCUCUUGCCAGAAGAGUGGACAUUUGCACGAGGACUGUCCCGAUCACCGCCUUCCUGAGCUGAAGCCAUUGCCUGACAUGACGCGGAGUUACACGAAAAUACUCAACGACGUCUGCCAAGAUGUGAUGAAAAUUUGCACUCCUGAUCCCGAAGAGGAGGCGUGCCGUGAGAAAGUGCUCCAUGAACUUGAAUCAUUCAUCCGCCAGAAGUACAAAGAUGCCAGACUCGCACUUUACGGCUCGUCAUGCAACGGCUUUGGCCUGAUCCAUAGUGAUCUAGACAUCUGUUUGACAUUUGAGCACAGUAAAGAUGGCAAGGACUUUUGCCACAAAGAAAAGAUUCUGGACCUUGCAAAAGAGCUCAACGGUGACAAAAACUUGAAGAAGAUAACUGCAAUCACCUCGGCCAAGGUCCCGAUUGUCAAGUUCUACCAUAAACCGACGCAACUGGAGGGGGACAUCAGCUUCUACAAUACUUUGGCCCAGCACAACACAAGGCUCCUCAAAGUGUACAGUCAAAUUGAUGAGCGAGUCCGAAUCCUCGGAUACACUUUCAAGCACUUUGCAAAGACUUGUGCCAUUGGUGAUGCGUCACGGGGUAGCCUUUCCUCAUACGCGUACAUUCUGCUGACGCUGUAUUACCUUCAACAGUGCAAACCGCCUGUCAUUCCAGUCCUCCAGGAGCUGUACCCCGAAGGGGAGCAAAAGCCCGAGCUCAUCGUGGAGGGCUGGAAUGCCUGGUUUUACGAUGACAUUGAUCGCCUGCAAUCGGUUUGGAGCGAGUUUGGACGCAACAAUGAGACUGUUGGAGAGCUCUGGCUCGGUCUUUUGCGUUUUUACACCGAGGAGUUCAAUUUCCAGCAGCACGUCGUGUGCAUUCGGCAGAAGGCUCCUCUGACCAGACUCCAGAAGAUGUGGACGUCCAAGUUCAUCGCCAUCGAAGAUCCUUUCGACCUGGAUCACAAUCUCGGCAGUGGAGUGACGAAGAGCAUGAGCACAUACAUCAUGAAGACCUUGAUCAAAGGAAGGUCGCACUUUGGAACGCCCGUUCGCAGGCUACCUGCUACUUAUGGCACGUUUCUGGCAUACUUCUUUGAUGCCCGGAACCUUGUGGAGGGGUUGCCACCUAAUGACCGAGGCUGCCGCAUCUGCGGAAAGAUAGGCCACCGCAUGAAACAGUGUCCGAAUCGAAACAAGAACGGGGGCAAGGACAAAGACGCAACUGGAGGCAAUGGUCGGGCAGCGUGGGCUCAGCAAGACCAAAGCGGUUUGUCUAGGAACAAGUUCCGGCCACGGCAGCUGCAGAGUCUCGACACAGAGGAGAUGGACGCGGAGCAGCAGCCGAAUCGAGAGAACCUGAACUCGCAGCGGCUAAAUCAGCCACAGCAGAGCCUAGGGCUCAAUCGGAGAGCACGGGGUGGAAUGCUUCCACCACGUCAGGCUAGAAAUCGUGUGCAAGAGGACCAGCGGCAUGGCUCGCACCACCAGCAACAGCCUCAGCACCAACAACAAAUGCAGCACAACCAACAGCAACAAACGCAGCACCACCAGCCACAAGGUGCGCUAGCUGAGGGCCAUCCGAGUCUGUGUCCCGAAGCACCGCACGGCGGCAUCGCGCCACCGGGUGUUGCUCAGGCACAGCUGCAGAGGACACUGCAGAACAUGGCAACGGCGGGUCUUCAGAUGGGACCCUCCCGCUGCUUUGUUCCGCACAUGGGCCCACCGCCGGCGUUCAUGGCUGCAGCGCCCCACCGGCCGCCCCCAUUCCCCGGUGCCAACGGCCAAACACCUCCUCACCCUGACGUGCAGGUCUUGCUGAUGAGGAUGCAGCAGCAGCAGCAACAGCAGCAACAGCAACAGCCACCCCAACAGCUGCCACCUCCCCAACAACUGCCACAGGAGAUUGGGCAACAGCGAUAUAGCCAAUGGUCGCCAUUGGGUCCACCACCUAGGCACACUAUGCCAUCGUCCUGGCCACCAAGCCUGCCACCUACUCAGAGCCAGGAGGCGCUGCAGCGCUUUGGCAACUUCAUCGGACCAAGGGGGUCCCACAACCUCCCGCCACCACCACACCCUCAGGCCAUGCCCCUGCCACCAUCACCGCAGCAGCCAUUUCUCUGUGGGCCCCCUCCGAAGCCACCGUUCAGCGCGAUGCCUAGGCAGCCAGUCUUCCCAGGAGCUCUGUGCAGUGAACAUCCAUCACAACAGUGGGACACCUCGUCGCCACACCGGAGCCAGGAUGUUGAGUCUGUACCGUCCCAAGAUUAGAGAAUCUCUAAAAGAGCUUUUCCCCCCCACAUCCAGCCCGCCGUUUGCUUGUGACAAAUUUUUCACACACCUCCCUUGAUUUCCAGUGGUGAGGAUGCUUGUUUCCAAAGACUCCAAUGCCACAGGCAUCCCUCAACAAUGCCCCCGAACUUGUUUGUUUUGUCGUUUUAAGUACUUGGGGUUAGUGCCCUUUGCAAGAAGGCUAGUUUUGGUCGAUGGUACUUCGCUGUGUAUGUAUACCGGCUGUGCUUAAGAUUGGCAUUGUCGAGGUGCAGGGCUGUUAGAGGAGGAGCUAUCAAUAUUUGCGCCGGAGUUCGUCGUUUUCGUUAAUGCACUGCCCAUUGGGCAAAGCUCAAUUCUGGUGACAGCAUACAUCAUUGUCGAAAAUGCGGUUCAUUUCAGGCCUUUUGCAUGCUUCCAGGGGUGCCUGAUGACUGUUCAUGUAAAGAACAGCCUUUCUUUGCCAUUGUUAUAUACAUUGUUUUAGAUUAGCCACUGACCAUCUUGACUGACUGGUGAUGGUACUGGAACAUUAUCACUUGGUGCCUUUCAAAGCUUUUUUUUUUCCUUCUUGCCUUAGCCUCUACCUUCACCCGUACGAGAUAAAUUUAGGUGAUUCAGACGUGGCAAGCAUACAGUUUUAGCAAUCUUAUUUGCAUGCUUUUGUCUCGCUUGUGAUUAGGAAUUUUUAGGCCGGAGCAUAGCUUCCCCUUUGACCUGCCCUGUUUCUCAUCCCUAUCAUGAUGCUUUACAGUAGAAAGUUGUUUGCAUGCAAUGAUGUAAUAAUGUGGUAAAAAGAACCUGUUAUGCUUGAUUCGGUUUGUGAGUGGAGCUUGUUAGCGCUGUGACGGAAACUGCCGGUAAGCGCUGUAGUCUGUGCUGUGCAAAGAACCGUGAUCUUAGGCAGUACCUCUAAUGAAAAAAAAAAAAAGUUAUUUCAACCGCCAGAAUGGGGUGGCGAUAUUUGUGGUUGCAGGAAUCUGUUUCCUUUUUAAUGAGAUUACAUAGACAGCAGUUGUAUAGGGAAGUGUGUUCAGUAGGUAUCGGGGGAGGCGGGCAGUGUUUGUCGUGUGCUCCGCCAGUCUCGACUGCUGGCUUUGGGGUCCACAACCUUCCUCGGCGUGGUACGCCCUUUGUAAGUUAGACAAGCCAAUCAUUUGCAUCGGACACAUUGGAUCUCAAGGCCACUUUGUCAUUGACAUCUUUCGUAAUGUACCAAGUACAACACUUUGGAAAACAUUGGCUCGUUAGCGAGCUGUCUGACAUUACGAUGCCAACGCAGAUUUUGACGAGAGCGCAUGGGGCCACAUGUUGUGGCAGUGUUGGGCAGGGUUUAUUGAUUUUAAUAAAACUCAUCUGGAUUUUAUGGUGGACAUUUCUGUAAGCCACGACGGCAGGAAAAAUGUGCGCAGUUGCCAUUUAUUGUAAAUAGUAUGCGCAAACCUUUGAAAGCACACAAGUGCUUUACGUAAAAAAGAGUAAAUUGGUGACCAUUGGCAGAGGACAUAAAACUGGCCUACAAUGAUCAUGGUGCCUAAACAAUAUUCCCCCUGCCAAUAACUCUCAAUGACUGUAUUAAAAAUAUGUAAGUAAAUAAAAAUUGAUGCUUUUUUUUCUGUUUC